UCUGGUAGAGAGUGGGCCACAUUUGCAGGCGAAUUCUACAAAGAAAUCCAAACAGUAUCAUCUAAUUUAUCUGAUCUUCUAUAAUAGGAUCAGAAAAAUACCCAGUUUUGGAACUUGUGUAAACGUGCCAGUAAACUCAAGUUUUGUUUUUCUCAGCGCUUUUCAGCGUGCAGGAUUAAAUGUCUCCACCUUUCCGUGGGGACAAUCGCUUCAGCCUGAAGCGAAACAACAAUCCACUGACCCAACAAAUGUAUAAAAAUGCUUCUUUUAACAUUUUCACACCCACAGCGCCAGGCAAAAUAGCCCAAAUACUUCUUCCUCUCCUGUGUUGCAUCUGGGCAUUGUUUUUCAAUGGCGGCAGCUGCUUUGCCCCUGCCUCACCCAUCAAUUGCAGAGAAAGUAACUCCUUUUGCUGUGUUUCGAACGCCUAUGGAAUUUGGGGCGACCGAAUACCCUGCAACGUCUCCAUGGCUUUUUUCCCUUCCACAGAAGACGAGAUUUUACGUGCGGUUGCCUACGCCGUCAAGAACAAACUGAAGGUGAGGGUCGUCAGUGGCUUUUCUCAUUCAAUCCCCAAAUUGGUCUGCCCCGGAUCCGGCGAUGGAAGCGGGUUUCUCAUCAGCACGGAGAAUUAUAACAAAGAAAUUGUGGUCGACAAAGCCUCCAUGACCGUCACGGCCGACAGUGGAGUCGGUUUGAGAGACGUUAUUGAGGCGGCGGCGGCGCAUGGAGUAGCUUUGACGGCUGCGCCUUAUUGGGAGGGCGUCAGCUUGGGCGGCCUGAUAAGCACUGGGUCACAUGGGAGCUCCCUUUGGGGCCAUGGUGGUGCGUUGCAUGAGUAUGUUCUGUCAGUCAGCUUGGUCGUUCCUGCUCUUCCAGAGGAAGGAUAUGCAAAGGUCAUUACGCUUAAGCAGGGAGAUCCCGAUCUGAAUGCAGCCAAAGUUUCUCUAGGAGUCCUCGGAGUCAUAACAAAGGUAACAGUGAGCGUGGAGCCGCAGCUGAAGCGCAGUGUAACCAAUGAGGUGAAGGCAGAUAACGACGUGGAGGACGAGAUCCUGCCAUUUGCAGCCGCUCACGAAUUCGGGGAUCUGACGUGGUAUCCAUAUCAGCAGCGAGUAGUAUACAAGAAAGACGACCGUGCCAGCGUGGCAGCCGACGGAGACGGUGUGAACGACUUCAUUGGCUUUCGCUCCACUCCAAUUCUCAUCACCGCAGCUCUGAGAUCCACAGAGAAAUCGUUGGAGAAGGCGAAGAACAGCGCAGGGAAAUGCAGAGAGGCCAUACUCCUCGUCGACUCGAGGCUCGCACUGGCAAAUGGAUUGAAGAACAACGAUUUUCUUUUCACGAAUUACCCCGUGGUGGGUUUUCAGAACAAAAUGCAGACAUCGGGCUCCUGCUACAAAUCCCCGUCUUUCGAUCUGGUAAACGCAUGCCCUUGGGAUCCCCGAUUCAACGGCCUCUUCUUCUACGAGACCACCGCCAUUUUCAGCCUCUCCAAGAUCAAACCUUUCAUUUCAGAUGUGAAGAAAUUGCGGGACAUGAACCCCCAAUCUCUCUGCGGAAUAGAGCUUUACAAUGGGUUUCUGAUGCGCUUUAUCAGAGGAUCCACCGCCUAUUUGGGACAACAAGAGGAUUCUGUUGUCAUCGACUUCAAUUACUUCCGAGCUGAUAGCGCAUCGACUCCCAGGCUUAACGAAGACAUAUGGGAGGAGAUCGAACAGAUGGCUUUUUUCAAGCAUGGGGCCCGCCCUCACUGGGCCAAAAACAGGAGAAUUGCCUUCAAUGGCGCCGCCGACAAAUAUCCGCAGUUGGGCAUGUUUUUACAGGCUAUGAGAAAGUACGAUCCGGAUGGCUUGUUUUCCAGCGACUGGACCGACCAAAUUCUGCAAGAAGAAAAUGGCGGCGAAAACAAUGAUAUGGAUGGGUGUGCUUUAGAGGGACUGUGUGUUUGUCGAGAAGAUCGACACUGUGCUCCGGCGGAUGGGUAUUUUUGCAGACCCGGGAGAGUUUAUGUCGACGCUAGAGUUUGUCGCUUCAUUUACUUUAAUAUUAAAUAGCGAUACCGACUCAUGGUGCUACUGUCAAACCCAUGGGCAUUAUCUAGAUCAUUUAUGAGCGUGAUUUAUUGAAAAAGCAUCAAUUUUUUAACAUUUUAAUUAUUUAAAUAUUGCGUAUCCACAUGUUUGAAUAUUGUUUAUUCUAA